UUAAAAAAACCAGCUUCUUAUUCAAGCUCAUAUACCUUUCAUACCAUAUAGUAGUACACUAGUACUUUGUUCUGUAUAUAUAUAUAUAUAUAAACGUUUUGGCCAUUCUUUUUAUAACUCUGUUGUUACAUUACAUUUCAUUUCAUUGAUACAAGAAAAGCCCCUAUAUUCUAUAUAUAACUUAAGGUUAUAUGCUUGUAUAUAUCAUUUCAUUCACUAUAUUCUUUGUCUAGAAUGAAGGUGAAAACACCAAAUUUAUUGAAGAAGAUAAUAGCAGCUUUUUCAAGCAAAACAAACGAGCUAAGAAUACGUAUUAUGAUAUUCUUCCUUUUACAUAAGAACAUAGACAAAGCUUCAUUAACCCAUUCUCUUCAAGCCCUUGUUUCUCACCAACCUCACCAAAAGAAGAAAAACGACGAAGCUUUCGAGGAGGAAGAAGGAAGCAAGGGAAAUUUGUUGAUGAGCUACAACAAAGCUUCAAGCAUGAUGGCAAGCCAUGCCAAUGAUCUGAGCUUGGCAAAAGAUGUGCCGCGGCCGGCGAAAUACGAAGCAAAUGAUCAAGAAGAUGAGGAACAAGAAGAACAAGCAGGGGUGGAUUUGACGUACGAGAUUUUUAAGGAGUUGGAGGCGGAGAUGGAGGACGAGAGGGAGAGUAAAGAGUUUGUGAAAGGUGGUGAAGAAAGGUUGAUGGUGGAUGGUGUGGUGGUUGAGGAGGAAGAAGAUAUAGACCAAGCAGCUGAUCUGUUUAUACAAAGGUUUAAAAAACAGAUGCAAUUGCAAAAGCAACGUUCUUUAGAGAGGCAACAAUGGUUGCUCUUGACUAAUGCUUAAGAAAGAAAGUUUAGCUUCAGACCACCACCCCGUUUCCUAUAUAUGCAACAAGAAAACGGCUAGGGUUUCGGCUUAAUGGGAAACUUUAUGUUCGAGCUACUUUCGAGUUUUAUAAGCACGGAAAUUGUUCGAAUCUAGAGAGUUGAGAAUUUCCGGAAAAGGGAAAUCUCGAUACUUAGAGGUUUUCCGCUUCAUGGAGUCAGAUUGCUAAGAUCCAAGCUAAGUAAUGUAUAUGUAUGUGUCAUUUUAUAAAAUUUUAAAAUCAUGAAUGACGCAGUAAUUAUGUAACUUUUUUGUUUGUUUUUUCUUGAAAGGUUGUCCAAUAAAUAUUACUAUGUUUUCUCUACAAAAUUUAUGUAUGAGAGUUAUUGAGAAAGACUUUUGUAAUGAAAAUGACAUGGAACUAAAAACGCAUGUCAUCCAUAAUCCUCAGGUUCAUAAUAUAGAUCAUUCCAAUUUCCUAUAUAUCAUAUCUAUAAUUUAUAUAAAGGUCGUUCCUCAUUA